AUGGAGAAGACCAUGUAUGAGUACAAAUCCACUUGCGAAGUGCAAGCAGGCGAGACCUGUGAGGCUUUCCACUCCCGGAUUAUAGAGGCAUCGCAGAAACAUCUAGCCGAUUACAAGAAGGCGAAGUCAGCUUGUGAGGAUGCCAAGAAGGCGGUGGAAGAAAAAGAAACAGAAUGCACCACUGCGCUGAAAACCUACGAGUCUCAGAAGACGAAUUGUGACAGCGUCCAGGAUGCGAUGGACAGCUAUUCAUGCUCCUACACCGAAAAGGCCACCACCGAAUGCGAGGCGGCUCAGGAAUGCUACACCAAGGCUGUGAAUAAUUACGACACUGUGAAAGCCAGUUCUCAGCAGCAGCUGGAUGCUUUGAAGCAGGAGUGGCGUGCUCUCUUGCGCAUGGAAUGCAUUAUCAAAGUCUUUGAACUGCCAGAAGGGGACCGGGCCAAGGCUCUUGAUCAGUGCCAGCUUAAAGACGUGGCCAAGCAAAGCGAUCAAGACCUCGCCUUGCAGUUCCCUGUCAAGCCUGGCAAGCCUUCAUGCCAAAUCACGACAGACCCACCUGGCAGCUCGGCCUACAAGACGGCCAACUACAACAGCCUGCCCGCGGAGGCCCCUGCAAAGGCAUGCGUCGCAAGUUGCUGUGAGCAAUCUGCAGGCGUGUCCGGCUUGGACUUCUCAGGGCUUGGCACCACGCCUUCAGGAAGCUGGUCCCUGGCUCUCAACAUCGAUACAAACGAUGGCAACGUUGUAGCCUACCCGAAUGUUGAGUUUUGGGAGUCGGCUACGGGCUUGGGAGGUGCCAGCGAUCAGAUGUCGGAGCGUUUCACCCGGGACUACAAGGACGCAGAUGUCUUCAGCAACAAGGAGGCCAAGGAGCUUCUGAUUGUUUGCCACGAUGAGGGCAAGGCCAUCAGGAAGGCGACAAAAUGCACCAGAACGAGAAGAUAUUCAAGAUUUCUGAAAUUUAGAUUCGAUUCGCUGAAAUUGGAUGUACCAUAA